GAAAAUAAUGCUGUUUUGCUUGCCAUUUUAACUCCAAAGUGUAUUGUCAUUCAGUGUGAGAAGUGUUUGAAAUUUAUUUAAUAAAAGAUAUUGAAAAAAAUGGUUUCUUUAAGUGAAAUUCCAGGAAGAUCUUUAUCAGAUUAUGCGACAGAAGGAGCAAAAAUGAGAAAUUUCAAUCCUUAUGCUGAUAAUGGAGGGAGUGUCAUAGCUCUUGCAGGAGAUAAUUUUUGUGUAAUAGCAGCAGACACGCGUCUCAGUACAGGUUUUUCUAUUUAUACGCGUGAACAACAAAAACUAUUUCCUUUAUCAUCAAAAACUGUUUUGGGUUGCUCAGGUUGUUGGUGUGAUACACUUACUUUAACUAGAAUUUUAUCUGCUCGAAUGCAGAUGUAUGAGCAUGAACAUCAAAAAGAAAUGCCAACACCAGCAGUUGCACAAAUGCUAUCAACAAUGUUAUAUUAUAAACGUUUUUUCCCUUAUUAUGUAAGUAAUAUUCUUGGUGGAUUAGAUGAAAAUGGUAAAGGUUGUGUCUAUAGUUAUGAUCCCAUUGGACACUGUGAAAUAACAAAAUACAGAGCAGGUGGUUCUGCUGGAGCACUUUUACAGCCUCUCUUGGAUAAUCAGAUUGGGUAUAAGAAUCAAGAAGGUGUUGAAUCUGUUCCUUUGACUCAAGAGAGAGCUGUUGCAAUUAUAAAAGAUGUUUUCACAUCAGCAGCAGAAAGAGAUAUUUACACUGGUGAUUCCAUAUUUAUUAAAAUUAUAACAAGUGAUGGUAUACAAAAUUUCAAUUUUGCAUUGAGAAAAGAUUAAUAAAAUGGAAUAAAAAUAAUGUACUAUUUUAUGAAUUUCCAUAUAAAUAAAAUUAACACUAAAAAAUAA